AUGAGUGGCUACCAGCGCAUGCACAACCACGGCCACGGAGGCCACCACCAUCAUCAUGGCCACGGAGGCCAUCAUCACCAUGGUGGACACAAGCACCACGGCGGCGGCCCGUACGUCGUCGAGGAGACGGUCGUGUACCAGCCUCGCGCACAGGAAACCGUGUAUGUGGAGCGCAACCCACGCGCUGAGGAGGAUCUCUGCUGCGGCAUCGCCCUUGCUUCACUUCUGUGCUGCUGCCUUGGUGCCGCAACAAACUAA